CUUUGUUUUCUUGUAGGCUGCGGUGACCGCAGGGUGGUCGUGCCAUGGCUUCCGCGGGGAGCCUGGAUGUACCAGAGCGGGGACACCAGCGGCCUUUCCUUAUCGGAGUGAGCGGCGGCACUGCCAGCGGCAAGUCUACAGUAUGUGAGAAGAUCAUGGAGCUGCUGGGGCAGAAUGAGGUGGAUCACCGGCAGAGGAAAGUGGUCAUCCUGAGCCAGGACCGGUUUUACAAGGUGCUCACCCCCGAGCAGAAAACCAGAGCUCUGAAAGGCCAGUAUAACUUCGACCACCCUGAUGCCUUUGAUAAUGAGCUGAUGCACAGGACUCUGACCCAGAUCUUGGAGGGGCAGAUAGUGGAUGUGCCUAUGUACGACUUCAUCACUCAUUCAAGGCUUCCGGAGACCACAACUGUGUAUCCUGCAGACGUGUUGCUGUUUGAGGGGAUCCUGGCAUUUUAUAACCAGGAGAUAAGAGACAUGUUCCAGCUGAAGCUCUUCGUGGAUACGGACUCCGAUGUCAGGCUCUCCCGGCGAGUUCUGCGUGACAUGAAGCGCGGCCGAGACCUGGAACAGAUCCUCACUCAAUACACCACCUUUGUGAAACCUGCAUUUGAGGAGUUCUCCCUGCCGACCAAGAAAUACGCUGACGUCAUUAUUCCGCGGGGGGUGGAUAAUAUGGUGGCAAUUAACCUGAUCGUGCAGCACAUCCAGGACAUCCUGAACGGCGACAUCUGCAAGUGGCAGCGAGGGGUACUGAAUGGCCGCAGUCAGAAGAGGACGUUCCCAGGGCAAGGAGAAUCUGGAGGGCUCAUCCUACCAGGGAAACGUACCCACCUUGAGUCCAGCAGUCGGCCCCACUGAAAGAACAAGCGGAGACACUCCCAGUAGUGCUUCCUUUGCACGGUUUGGCUAAGACUCUAUUGCCCCCCCCCCCACCUGCAUGUGCAGGCUAAGCUCCAUUCCAUUAUCAUAUAGAAACACCAAGCCUGGUGCAAUAUAUCUCCUCUUGUGUCAGAGAGGCAACACAGCAUUUCCUGUUUGAAUUUUUAAAGGGGAAGUUCGGCUUCAAAUGUUUUUUUCUUUUACAAUUGCUUUCUAUUUUGUUUGUUACUGUGUAUUUAAAAGUUAGGUGUUAAAGCUCGACGGGUAAGUGGAUACAUUUCCCAGCAGAGUCUGUGAAAUCCCAGCAACUAAUGUUGCUGCUGAUUAAUGUAUCAUACGGCAAAGCUGCCCGUAUACGGAUAAAAGCUGCUGACUCUGACUCUCCAGGCCAUGCCCAGCAGCUUAUUAGGUUAUUUGUGUGAAGUUGAACUGCCCCUUUGAACUAUAUAACCCACCUUGCCACCAAAGAAUGUAUGGAGGGAAAGCAGACAGCUGCAUAGCAAUAGGACCGCGUAUAGAAAUAGUGGCAUGGCUCAGCUUUCCUUUAUCUUAUAUGAAAGUCCAGUUGUACAUAGCAGCGCCUCUAAUCUCCUGUCAGCUCCCUGUUAAUAAAAGCACACACUGUUGUAAAUAACAGCAGCUACACGGCCACUCACUAACAUUGCUACAUGGCACUCGCCUCCAAGCAUUGCUGCACUUUCCGGGGGCAGAUUAUUGGGUUGGGGCUAAGGAAACGACCACCCCCCUGGGGUAAGAUUCAGCCUUUUCCUAAAGCUCCGACCCUGUUGCUGCCCACUGAAUUUAUCCUGCUGAGUAAAUAGUUUAGGCUUCUAACAGUUUCCUGCUGCACCUUAGCCAGAGAUGGAUGUAUAAAUAUAUAGAGAGAGAGCCCGGGCUGUGUAUUUUAUAAAGCGGCUUAUUUUUAUAGAGUGGUUUUUGUGUAAUCGCUGCACUUUAAUUACUUUAUGAAGCUAAAAAAAAAUCCCAUGUUUUGGCUUAAGCCCCUCCCCUUCCCACAAGACAUUCAUCCAAGUCAUUGUUUCAUUUAAGCAGACAAGGAAGUGUUCUUUGCUCUCGUUAGUUGCUCCUUCCUUCUGUCAUGAUUUUUAUGAUGUAGUUUUUAUUUCUAAAUUACACUGUUUACACUGCAAAUAAUUCACUCUACAAUAUAAAAUUUCAUUCCU